AUGAGUCUUGAUGAUGUGGGAGAUUUUGAUUUCGCAAACAUUUCACAAGUCAAGAAUGUUGAAAAGAAAGUUGAUGAAGUGAUUGCUGAGAACAAGAAGUUAAUUGCUGAAAAUAAAAGGGUGAUUGACCGUGAAAAAAUUCUGGAAAUGAGAGUAAAGAGGUUGGAGAAUGAUAACAAAGAGUUGGUGAAAAAGAUUGAUUCUGAUCAGUCAGAGAUUGACAUUUUGAAAGUAAGAGUUGCGGAGCUUGAAGAAGAGAAAGUUCGACGUGAUGAACAGAAUGAAUACUUCAAGUUAAAGAACAAAGAGCUUGAAGCAGCCAAAGCGUUCAGAGAUCAUGAAUUUUAUAUCCUGAAUAAAGUGGCUGAAAGCAUGCUCGGAACGUCGGUAGAGCAAAGGUUUGAAGAGCUGCAACUUGAAGAGCUCAGAGCACAACGUCAAGCAGAGAUUGAUAAACAAAUGAAAGACAAAGGCAAAGGUGUUGAAGGAAGUUCUGCUCUGACAGAAAGAUCGAUUGUUCCUGCUACAGUUCUUGAAAAUCCUACGCCUAUCUCUGCUGUUUGUGGUCUUUUUGAGGAUUAUACUCCUCUUGAAGAAUUAAUGGGUGGCAGUAGUGAUGAAGAUGAUGAAGAAGAGGAGGAAGAAAAGAAAGAUGAUAAAGAUGAGAAAGUAUUUUCUGCGAGCAGUCAUGGAUCUGGUAAAGAUGAUGAUGAUGAUGAUGCUCAGGGUGGUACAGGGUUGAAAGUUACUGAGGCUUCUUCUGAACAGAAUGUUGAUGAUCUAAUGAACGAUUCAGUAAAUGAAGAAUCAGGGGAAGGAGAUGGAAAGGGGGAGUCAAGUGAUACACAAAAUGUUCAACAAGCUGCAAAGUUAAUUUUGAGGUUAGAUACUUAUCGUGAAGAAGGAGAGCAUUUCCAUACUUACACGUUGGAAACAAUUAAGGAAAUGAAUCGCAUGGUGCAUCCUGAAUUCAAAUUUGAUUUUGAAGAAGACAUGAAUGCUGAGUUUGAAAAAGAAUUGAAUGCUUUUGAUAUCAAUCAGCAGCCUGAAUAUGAGUAUCGUUAUGUUGAGGAGGCUGAUUUGUAG